AAUGAACAUUUGAAAGAGUUCCGCGCACGAAUUUCAAUCAGCCAAAGAAUUGCACAAACGAGAUAUACGUACAUAAUAUUUAAUCUGAUUUAAAGAUUCAUGAGCGACCGUUAACAGGAAAUGAAUAGAUAACGAGUAAAUUAUUAUACUCCGUUGGAAAUAUAAUUUUUUAUGCGAAUACGAUAAUUCGCGUGGCUCCAGGAAUAGACCGUCGUGUUUUUAAACGCCAACGACGUCUUAAGCACCGUUUAAGGGUCAUUAAAAAUAUUACAAAACUUCACUCGAAACAUUUGUACAAGUUGACGACAGCACCGUGGCGCGUCGUUCGUUGCGUCUGAAGCGCGAGAGACAGUGUCGUCGCGUGAGAUAUUUCUAAAACAAGAUUUCGUUAUUGUUAUCAAUGUAGACAACAACGCCGACGAUGGUCAGGUAGAUAAUAGUGACGCGUGGAUGGCCGUUGGGAAGGGAUUGUAAUCAGUCGAAUGUACCAUAAAUGCGCAAACUGCUUCUGAACAAGUAGUUUAACGUAUUUCCUUUAAAGAAGCUGCAUCGAAGGUCGACAUUCCACAGAUCAGAAUCCUAGCAAUAAUUGCGAGAUGAACGGCAGUCGGUUUUGCGUAUGUUUCGUGUUGAUCGUUGUGUUAGCAGUGUGGUUCCCGAAUGUUUGUGCGGAUCUAUGGAAUGGCGAAUCUCUCGCGAGCAAUUCUUCGAGCAGUUUAUACGAAAUCGGUCCUCGGGACGGAGGCAGCAACGAUUCAUCGAUCGAAACCACGACCGCCAAAAAGGUCGCUGAUAGCGACGAGGACAAUUUUCCUAAUGACCUGUUCACCGACGCGCAGCUACGUCAGGGUGCCUUGCUGCUACACAUUUUCCUCGCGUUCUACUGCUUCCUGAUAACAGCGUUCGUCUGCCACAACUAUCUGUUGCCGUCCUUGGAUCGGAUAUGCGUGGAGAUGAACAUCAGCACGGACGUCGCAGGAGCGACGUUCCUCGCUAUGGCCAGCUCUUUGCCGGAGAUGUUCGUGAACGUGAUCGGGACUUUUCUGACCGAAUCGGACAUAGGCGUUGGUACCGUUGUCGGUAGCGCCGUGUUCGAUACGUUUGCCACUCCGGCUGUAGGAGCUUUGACGGCUGUUCACGCGGUGCCGUUGGAAUGGCGCGUGCUGACACGCGACUGUGCCAUGUUCAUAAUAUCGGUCGCUGUACUGGUAAUAAUAAUCUGGGACGGUGUAAUAGAAUGGUACGAGGCAGCGAUACUGUUGGUGUUGCUGCUCGUUUACCUGAUUCUGCUGUUCGCCGGCAAAUUGCUGGCGCGUUUCUGUCCCGGCGGAACAUCGAGCUCCACGGUAAAUCACUCCUCCGUUGCCGAGAAUACAACGUCGGAAGGUUCCCGCGUGCCGCAUUCCAUAAAGAUUUCGAACGGCAACGGAGCGCUGCAAGAGAAACCGGAGAAGGAUGAAAAAGUAGCCAGCGAUCCUGAAAGUUUGACGACUGGUCGGAGAUCGGAAAGCGACGAGGAGCCAGAGAACAUAUUUCUAUGGCCGAGGGAGCGAAGCGUGCUGGCCAAGUUUUGGUUCCUGCUGGUCUGGCCGUUGAAGUUCCUUUUCCUCGUAACGAUACCGGACCCUAGACGCAAGCGAUUCAGGAGAUGGUAUCCGUUGACCUUCGUCAUGUGCGUGGUAUGGAUCGCGAUAUCCUCCUACUUGGUGUCGUGGAUGAUGACGGUCAUCGGCAGCACCAUAGGGAUCCCAAGCUCCAUCAUGGGCCUCACGUUCUUGGCCGCUGGCGGCAACAUGCCGGAGAUGUCGUCCAUCGUGAUCUUAGCGAGACAAGGUGACGGGAACAUGGCGAUGAGCAACACGCUGGGAGCGAACAUCCUGGACAUCCUGCUUUGUCUGGGUCUACCGUGGCUGAUCAAAUGUCUGCUGACGGGGAAGAAAGUGACGGUUCUGUCGGGAUCGCUGUCGUACAGUAUACUUUCAAUAAUAGGCUGCGUAAUCGUGCUCUACGCGGUCAUUGCUAUCUUUAAUUUCGAGCUAAACAAAAAGGUAGGGGUGAUUUGCGUGUUACUGUACACAAUCUUUAUAGUCUUCUCCAUCCUCGCCGAGUUGAAAGUGUUCGGCGUACCUGAUCGCGGCUAGCGGGGCGCGUUUUUGUUUAUUUAUUUAUUCUACGUCGUGAAGAGAUCCCCGAUCAUGUACAAUACUCGCACGGAACCGGUCAUGCUCCGCAGCCGUCGGCAGCAGCGAUCUGUCCCGACCAAAGAACCACGAAUUUCACCGAAGUCGAGAAGCGUGUCUCGCACGAUCCGCGACGGCAGCAGCGUUCGCCAAAGCGUUCGCGUUAGUACUUCUUUUUUCAAUUAGCUUCGAUUAGCCGGGCCGCGAAUGGCGUCCUGCGACCGCGCUAUCAAAAGAAAGAUGGCCGUCGGCCAACGAGGACGGUUCUCGGACGACAGCCGGCAAUGGAUGCAUCGGUUAGGGGGGAAAAAAAUGGAGGACCGGUACGGCGGUAAAAAUUGCGGGCAGACCGUUCGACUCGGUUCGAUUCCGGAUCGAUCCGUAAUCUUGAUCGAUCGUCGCUAUCUAGGCCAAGUGUGUCGCAGGUAAUUUGCGUCCAGGUGUCCAUUCUUCAUAAAGAAUAAUUUAUUUUUGCAUUCUAAGAAUGAACUCGAUCGGAGGAAACGCUCCCGACGAGUGCUCGCCGUCGAGCGAUCCCGGUCCUGCAAAUUUUUUUUAGCGAUUUUUAGUGAACACGACGAUGCCGACCGACGCUCGACCGCCAUGCUCGAACGGAUGUUCCAACCCCUGGCCUCGCGUGUCGUCUCUCGCAGCGGAUUCACUCCGUACAAAAGAGUGCUACAAAAUGUACGGCGAAAGCGGAGGAAUGCCACGUCGAUGUCGGUAGCGUUUUCGCCAGGCCUAGCGUGAAUUCGAGAGGAUGUUUCGUUUCUUUUUUUCUUCUUUUCUUUUUUCUGUUGUUCUUUUUCAUUUUUUUCUGUUGCUUUUCUUAUUCGCGACGGAACAGACGGAGAUGUUGCUCUGGAAUUCGCGAUCGCGGCCUGGUCCCAUCGUCGACAUGCGAGACUCUACGUGUGCGUUGCAGGGUAGAUGCGUAUACGCGAUGAUCACCGUUUAUUCGAAAAGUUCACAAUAAUAGGCAUUCGGAUAUAUAAGUUGGUUCUUUUCAGCUCCUCGGCUCCUUCGCGACUCCUCGUUCCUGUUUCGCGCGUACUUUCAGGCGUUCCGAGUUUAAACGCUCGCAGCCGUGAUUGCGAGCGAUCCAUCGAUUCCGUGUCGAGGACUCGCUCGAACCUCGGCUCCGGCCGACACAAUCAGUUCUAUCGGCUUUUAUUGCGAUUAGUUCUCUAUUCUCAAUGUGUGUGUGUGUGUUGCCGGCGAUGGUCGCACGAUAAUAAUUAGCCGCGUAAACAAAACGCGAUAGCCGGCCUAACACGUAUAUGUUGUUAACGAGAGAUAAGAUAAUCCGCCGGCGAGCGGAUUGUGUAACGAUAAUGAGCGAAAAAACGCAUGGAUAUUCUCGUUCUCUCCCGGUUCUCCACCCGGGGGAUGCGGGCGGCAGCUAAUUCCCGUGUUCCCCCGUGUGACAACUGAUAGUCAGUGCGUACGGUAUUGCGUGUGCAAGCAGGCAGGAUGUCUCGCGCGAGAAACGUAGAAAAAUAAAACGUGAAACGGUAGUGGCCGGAGAGUCUACGUCGCUCCAUGGAAAAAAUCGGUUUCGCAUCGUCUCGUAGGAAUGCGGCGCGGGCCAGUCGCGCACUGAUCGCGAAACCGUCGUCCUCGACAACGCGUCAGAAGCUCGUUGUCGCGUCCGAAUCGUUCGGAAAUUUCAAUGAGAGAAGAAAGAGAUGAGAGUGAAAGAUAGAAAGAAAGAAAAGAGAGAAAGAGAGAGAGAGAGAGAGAGAGAGAAAAGUGAGAAAAACUGCGACAGUUUCGUCGGCGAUCGCCAGUGCGCGGCGUGGCCCGUUUUAAUCGUACGUUACAAAACUGGUCGACGGACCGUGGAGUUUAUGCAGUUUUGAUAUUAAACGUUCUGUACAAUGUCCCACA